ACAUGUUUACUUUUUCAUUCCACCCAGAUCAAAUUCAGACUCAUAAGAAAUAGAGCACCUAUUCAUUGCAUUUCAUUUUUGUAAACAAUUCAAAGGUGUUGAGGCCUGGUCUCGGUGUUGGGUUCGGGUUGUGGUAUAUGUAUCUGUAGCAGUUCUAGUAAAACUUUUUCUUUUGAAAUCUUGCACAGUGUGUAAACAAUUUUUCACCUGGAUUUGGGUGGGUUUCGAGCUCUAUAAAAGCAGUUGAGCCCUACGAUACUCCUCGCAGUUUAACUCUGGAUGGAACAUGAUGAUGUUCGGCAAGUCUUGUGAGCUGCUAAUACUUGUACUCCUCAUAUUGGCCAGCUAUGCCUGCUUCUACUUGGAGUUCUGGAAACCCCGUUGUAUGACACCCUUUGUGGAAAUCGGUGACAACUGCUACUUCUUCUCCACCAACAAGGCUCCCACCUACGAGUACUAUAAGAUAUCGUACAAGGGUCGCAUCUUCAGUGUGCCUGCCGAGCUCGACUGGCUGCAUGCCAGCUUCGCCUGCGAGACUCUGGAUCCCAGUGCUCGUCUGAUGACGGUCAAGUCUGCGGAAGAGAUGCGAUAUCUCUCCGACUAUUUGGAGCGCUAUGCUCAUCCCGACAUCCAUCCCUACUUCUGGAGCGGCGGACAUCGCGGAAGUCUGGCCGAUAGCGUUGUGGAGCGCAGCUCCUUGAAUCAUUUCUACUGGCAUCACGAUCCACACCCCAUGAACUUCUCCAACUUCGUCGAAAGCCAGCCAAACUCCACGCUGCGCUUUCCCUCGGGCUACUGCGUCUAUCUGGAGCUAAUCGGAUCGGAGCUCAUCAUGGCAACGGCGAGCUGCAAACAUAAAAUGGCAUUCGCCUGCGAGCUGGUAUAAAUAGCAAGGCAUCUGGCGA